GUCUCUUUCUCAUCCAUAACCGUCAUUCUGACUUUCUCCCUCCAAAAAACCCGUUUAUCUCUAUUCACUAUUCAAUAGAUGGGACAAAACCGAAUGUAAACCGAUUGUUUCCGUACAAAAUGUACAUUAAAUCCGUCAUUAUAGACGGCUUCAAAUCUUACGGGACGCGUACCGAGAUAAACGGGUUCGACAGGGAGUUCAACGCGAUAACAGGCCUCAACGGGACCGGCAAAUCUAACAUAUUGGAUUCUAUUUGCUUCGUCCUCGGAAUUUCGAAUCUGACCCACGUGAGAGCGAGCUCCCUACAAGAUUUGAUAUACAAAAGCGGCCAGGCCGGUGUCACUAAAGCUUCCGUUACUAUUGUCUUUGACAACAAAGACACAUCAAAAAGCCCUAUUAAUUAUGAGCAAUUCGAAGAGAUAACUGUCACUAGACAGAUCGUUGUGGCCGGCAAAAAUCGUUAUAUGAUCAAUGGUUCUACUGUGACCAACAAGCUUGUAAACGAUUUCUUCAAUUCUGUCCAGUUGAAUGUCAACAAUCCACACUUUCUCAUUAUGCAAGGACGCAUAACAAAGGUUUUAAAUAUGAAACCACCCGAGAUUUUGUCUAUGAUAGAGGAAGCUGCAGGCACCCGCAUGUACGAAAACAAAAAGCUUGGUGCGCAAAAGACCAUUGAGAAAAAGGACAAUAAAUUGAAAGAAAUGAACGAGAUGGUCAACGAGCAAAUAAAUCCAAAAAUGGAAAGACUGAAGAAAGAAAGAAACCAAUAUCUGGAAUAUCAAAAAAUACAAAGAGAUCUUGAACAGUACACUAGAAUUUAUGUAGCUUGGCAAGUAGUCAAAACUGAGAAAUUCAUUACAGACUCUAAAGAGCAAAGAGAAAAUACAUUAGCUAAAAUCGAAGAAGCCAAAAAAACCAUAGAAGAUGGUAAAAACACAAUCAAACAAUUGGAAGAGAGUAUUGAAGAGGGUCAACAGAAAAGGAACAAAGAAAGUGGGGGGAAACUGGAAGAAUUGGAAUCAAAACUGAGAGAGGUUGAGAAGUUUGAAGCGAUAGCAUUGGGAAAAAUAAAAAGCGGCGACCAAACUGUAAAAGCCGAAAAGGUGAAGUGUAAAGAGUUGGAAAAGAAUUUAAAAGAUGAUGAAAACAUGUUGGCAGCUAAGCAAGCUGAAUUGGACAGUGUGCAGUCUGUAUUUGAUACGUUGAGAGAAACUGAGAAAAGAGAUGCAGAAGCUUUAGCCGCAGCUCAGGAUAAAUAUCAAAAAGUAAGCUCAGGACUGUUGUCCAGUGAAGAUGGAAAAAAUGCUACCCUACAAGAACAACUCAUGACUGUAAAGAAACAUGUCUCUGAAAAAGAAACCGAAAUGAAACAGUGUUCGGUUGAAAUAAAAUCCCUCAAGACUGAAUUAAACAACAAAAAACCUCUUUUAAAAAAAACCGAAAUGACAUUUUCACAGGAUAAAAAGAACCUUGAGGUCAAUGAAAAAGAACUUAAAGUAUUACAAGCCAAUCUGAAUAAAUUGAAUUACGAAGAUGGGAAAUUAGAAUCAUUGCAGGAUUCACUUAAAACGCUCGAUAGAGAGAUGAGACAAUGUCAAAAUGCUGUUAGUAAUUUUAACGCUAGCUUUCCCCAACUUCAUUUUAAAUACAGGGACCCAGAACCGAACUUUGACCGUAGAAAAGUAAAAGGACUGUUAUGUAAAUUAUUUAAAGUUAAAGAAGAGAGAUUUGCAAGAGCAUUGGAAAUUGCUGCAGGGGGAAAGCUUUAUAACGUUGUUGUGGACAAUGAAUUGGUCUCUUCAAAAUUAAUAGAAAAAGGAGAACUUACCAGGCGGACGACAUUUGCCCCUUUAAAUAAAAUCCAAGGGAGACGUUUUGAUCCAAACAUUUUUCAAAGAGCUGAAGCACUUGUUGGCAAGGGAAAUGUCUUUCCAGCUCAAACGUUGAUAGAAUAUAACCCUGAGUAUGAGCCUGUUAUGUCAUGGGCGUUUGGACAAGUUUUAGUUUGCACUACAAUCGAUGCUGCUGAGAAGGUGUCAUGUCAUCGUGAUGUUCGAAGAAAAGCUAUAACUAUUGACGGUGAUGUUUUUGACCCGAGUGGAGUCGUUUCUGGAGGUGCUGCGGAAAAAAGCCAGCCUAUAUUACUUUCUUUGAUGGAGAUAAUGCAAACUGAGAAAACGUUGCAAAGAAAAACUCAAGAAUAUGAAAAGUUAAAUAAACAAAUCCAGCAGUUGAUGCCAAUAGCCUCAAACUUUGAUAAUCUUAAACAAAAAUUUGAUUUACGGACAAGAGAAAUUGAAAUGCUUCGUCAACGUUUACAGCAAACUUCCCAUUAUCAGCUUCAGCAAGAAUUGGAAGCUAUACAACAAAGCAUAAGCGAGAAGGAAGAAAUAAUCGAAGAAUGUAAAAAAGAACUCGCAGUGAAGACGGCAAAAGUCAUUGAACUAGAAAAUAAAUUGCAAAAUUUAAAAUCUAUAAAAGAAAAGGAAUUAAAAUCUGCAGAAGCUGAAAUGAAGAAGAUAAAGCAGAAAUCAGAAGAUAGCAGAAAGCAAUGGAGGCAAAGGGAACAGGAAUUCGAAACGUUGAAACUUGUGAUACAAGAAUUAACGACGUCAGUACAAACUGGCAAAGAGGAAGUAUUGAAAUGCCAAGAAUCGAUUAAGAAUGAACAAGACAAUACUAAAUCCCUCAGCGAGGAACUUACAAAAACCCAGGAAAGUGUUAAAGAGAUGAAAGCGAAGGUGAAAGCACAAAAAGAUGCAAUUGGGCAAAAAAAUAAGGAAAUUCAACAGAUGAUAUCUCAGAAGGAGAAGCUCAAUAAAAUGUUAGGAGAAAAAGAAUUAGAAUGCAUCAAAGAGGGUCAUGCUAUUACAACAUUAGAUGAAAAAAUAUCUUCUGCUCAUGAUUAUAAAAAAAAUUUAUCGAAACAGUAUAAAUGGAUUAAGGAAGACCGCGAAUAUUUUGGAGAACCGAACGGUAUGUACGAUUUCAAUGCAAAUGAUCCUGAAGAGGCUAAAAAGAAAAUUGAUCAAUUGAAAGAAGCUCAAGAGAAAAUUGGAAAACAUGUCAAUACCAAAGCUAUGGAUCUUCUUAGCACACAAGAAGAACAAUUUCAAGAUGUCAUGACAAAGAAAGGGAUUAUUGAAGAAGAUAGGUCAAAAAUUCUUGACGUUAUAGGAGAAUUAGAUUUGAAAAAAAGGGAGGUCAUUCAAAAUGCAUGGGAAAGGGUCAAUCAUGAUUUCAACUCGAUCUUGAGUUUUCUUCUUCCUAGUGCCCAUGCAAAAUUGAAACCUGUUGAUGGAAAAGAUAUGAUGGAUGGUUUAGAAGUAAAAGUUGGAUUUGGUGGCAUAUGGAAAGAUAGUCUUGAUGAACUCAGUGGUGGACAACGAUCGCUUGUAGCUCUUUCAUUAAUUUUGGCUAUGUUACUUUUUAAACCUGCUCCUUUGUACAUCCUUGAUGAAGUUGAUGCCGCUCUGGAUCCGUCUCACACUCAGAAUAUUGGUCAAAUGUUAAAAGCUCAUUUCAAGCAGUCUCAGUUUAUUGUUGUCUCCUUGAAAGACGGCAUGUUCAACAAUGCUAAUGUUUUAUUCAGAACGAGUUUUGUCGAUGGAAUGUCUGCAGUAAUUAGAACGACAAACAAAAAAUGAAUUGGUAUUGUUUUUAUGUUAUAAUUUUAUUUCAAAUACAGAUGCUGAAAUUUAAA